CUUAUUAAGCAUUAUAAGUAUUAUACAUUAUAAUUUGACAAGUUUCUAAAGUUAGAUUCUGGAAGUGAGUUUAUAAUAAUUGUUUGCAAAAUAAUUGCAAGAUAUAAGUCUAAAAAAUGUAUAAAGUGGAAACGAAUGAUGGCGAAGAAUUAGAGUCUGCAUUUUUAUCUGAGCCUUACGUAUUACAUGAAGGAUUAACAGGAUUCGAUGAAGGAGCAGAUAAUACAGAUGAUUCGAGUCAGGGUCACUUAGAUAAAUCCAAUGCCCCCCUUCGAGAACAAGACAGAUUUUUGCCUAUUGCAAAUAUAGCAAAAAUUAUGAAGAAAUCCAUACCAGAAAAUAGCAAAAUGAUUCAAAACAAAAUAGCUAAAGAUGCCAGGGAAUGUGUUCAAGAAUGUGUGUCAGAGUUCAUUUCAUUUAUAACAUCGGAAGCCAGUGAUAGAUGCCAAGUUGAAAAACGGAAAACUAUAAAUGGAGAAGAUAUUUUAUUUGCUAUGUCAGCUUUGGGAUUUGAUAAUUAUGUAGAACCCUUGAAAUUGUAUCUCCAAAAAUAUCGAGAGUCUGCAAAAGGAGAAAAAAGUUAUCCGACAGAUAUUAAUUAUGAUGAUAUUGCUUCUGAAGAUUACGGAGCAUCACCUGGAACUUCAGCUAAAGAUAAUUUACAGGAUUCCUCACAAUCAGAUCAAGUAGUUUUCACUUAUCAAGAUGUAACUGUGGACGGAAUAACCAACACAUAUCACAUUAAUCAGUAACUUUUUAGAAUAUAGAUAAAUUAUUUAUUAUGUAUAAUGUUAACAUAUCAGUUUUUCAUUUCAAAUAAAAA